CUCUCACACGCAGCCUUCGUUUACCACGUGCUUGACAGCACAAUCACCGGAAUCAAAAUUUUAUAAACACAGCAUUCAACAACACUCAUGGUCCGUAAAUUCAAGUAUCAUGAGCAGAAAUUGCUCAAGAAAGUCGACUUUCUAAACUGGAAACAAGACGCAAAUAUUCGUGAGAUCAAAGUCAUUCGCAGGUACCAUAUCCAGGACAGAGAAGAUUACCACAAGUACAACAAGCUCUGCGGUGCUCUAAGAUCAUUUGCACACCGUCUAUCCGUUCUACCGGCUCAAGACCCGUUUCGUACCCGCAUGGAGUCACAGCUACUCUCUAAACUCUAUGACAUGGGCGUACUCAACUCCCAAGCAAAAUUGAGCGACGUUGACAACAAACUCACCGUCGCUGCCUUUUGCAGGCGUCGCCUUGCUGCUGCAAAAUUUAUCGAGCAGGGUCAUGUCCGUGUUGGUCCUGAUACUAUUACCGAUCCCGCUUUUCUUGUCACGAGACACAUGGAAGACUUCGUCACUUGGGUCGACACUUCCAAGUUGAAGAGGACCAUCAUGAACUACAACGACGAGCUUGACGAUUACGAUCUACUAUGAUCGCCCUUCGACAUGUCCACAAGUCGAUAAUGUCGUCAUGUGUGUUACCUCCGUAUUGUCGGUUCCUGCGGACUUAACCUUAACUCGCUUACCCUUCAUCAGCCUAUUCUCGG